CCGUACACUUCGUAUGGCCAAUACAAAUGUUCAAAUAUUUCAAUCUUCAGAGGGAAUGCUACUUCUUUUAUAUAAGUACGCCAAGGGACGCCGAUGCUCAUUACAGGUUCGUCUAUAUCGGGAGCUGUGUUGUUUGAUUUAACAAAGACAAACUUUGGGAAUUUAACUCUCGGAUCUCGGGGUAUAGUGUUCAUAAGCGCAAAAGAAGCGGCGUCCACGUUUAUUAUCGGAUUCAUACGCUCCAUACCGUGUAUCUUUUUCAAUUUACCAACACCGCAAACACCAUCGGAGUCGUCGUUGUCGCUUUUACUCAAAGUAGUAUUAACGGAAUUAUGGAAAGACAUGAUUUAGCAUCGUAUUUAAAUAAAUACAUUACUAUAUUAGAAGACGAAAGAAAAGGAAAUGCAGAAAGCGCGAUGGAUAUCAAAAAUACGGAUGACUACUGUAACGACGACAACGACUUGGUUAUGAAAACAUAUAAAUUAUACAAUCGAGUGUACCAUAAAAACACCGACGACUCCUACGAUAGAAUCGAUCAUAAUGGUGUCGAUGACGACGAUGAUGAUGAUGAUAAUCAUAAAAGAAAUAUCAAUGUAAACGAUAAAUCAAGAAAGAAAAUGGACUUUGAUGAUGAUGAUGAUGAUGAUUUUUCAUUUUUAUUCGAUGUCGAUGUAGAAAAUUUGAAUGAAGACGGUGACGACUACGACGAUAGUACUACUACGGCUGAUGCCAUUGUCAUUGGUACUGAUUACACUAUUAACGAUGAAUACUUCAAACAUGACGCAAAACUGCAAAUAAAGACGGCCGCUAUCAACACCAAAACCAACGAUAAAGUCGCGAUGAAAUAUUAUACCAUUAAAAGCAUCGAAUCUAACGAAAAUAAAUUACAACCACAUGGCGCUUGGAAUUAUAAAACGCACAACAUCACCAAGCGUUUGGAAAACAUUAAUAUAGAUUUGGAUGUAAAGUAUAUUUUAAACAUUCAUCGGGUUUUGUACGAAAACUUCAAUCCGUAUAAAAACAUAUCGAAAAUCAUAGAGUUUGAAAAGUAUCAAACUGCCGAUAUCGUACGCUCUGAGGAGCGACCGUUGAUGAAGAUGAACGACGAACGACGUCGCGAUAUUAUGAUGGAUAUAGAAAAGUUUUUCACGGACGCCGUGCAGAGUAAAUCCGAAAUACUGCACUAUCCUUCUUUUAUAUUUUCAAUAUUUUCUUAUUUGUUCGCGGUUGGUUAUACCAAAAACGACUACGAUAUUAAAUUUAUCAAACAUUUGGACGACUACGUGAAUAAUUUCAACAAAGACUCGGAAUACGAUGGUUACGACUUGUCAAAUUCGUGCGUCUCUGCCAAUAAAUCCGAAGUCAUCAAAGCUUUGUAUUUUAACCCGGACGAAUCGAGACACAUCUCUCCGUAUAAUAAAAAUGAAGAAUUUAUAAUUAAAAAUAAAAACAAAUAUAUAAUAUUUAUAACUUGUUAUAAAUUUUUAAAUCAGUGGAAAAAUUGUCUGGUAGAUUUUCCAGAGCCCAUAGCCACCGAUAAUAAUAAUUUUAUUAUCAAUCUGUUGAACGGCUAUAACGAUACGUUCGUGGACACUCUAAAGAGUUUUGCUGUAUCUUUUGUCGCGCAAAAUUGGAAUAAAACCAAUUUAAAUAUGUUGACUAAUCAAGAUGGUUUUAUAAAAUCACCUAUAAUGAAAUAUUUACGAAAAAUGAAACUUAUAGAUUAUAAAAAAGGUAUGAAAUAUAUAACGGGUACGGCGUGUUGUGGUAAAACGAGUAUGCUCAACAAGCUGAAGAAUGAAAACAACUGGAUCGUUCCUAGUCGCGGAGAUUUGGGCGGAUUUGGUGGAAAGUGUAACUCGCCUGCCCUGGUCGCGUCCAUGCACGCUGCCAUAGAUUUUGCAUUGAGUCAUUAUAACGGAUGCAUGAUCGGCGAUCGCGGUCCACUCGACAAUUACCUAUGGACAUUUAUAAUGCCGAUGUUUGAAAAGUUGGCAAACAUUAAUGAUUGUAUAGAAUUUGUUCAGAUUUUGGUUUACGAAUUUUUAAACUUUCUCAAUUAUUCACAAAACGAAUUGAGUCUGGCGUAUUACGCGAAUCACGACGUCUUGAUAAUGGUCGAUCCGUUUUACGAAAACACGCACCGUCGCAUGAUGUCUAGAUUCAGCGGUAACGAUGCUCACCGGAGCAACAUUCCUUUUUACGCUCUUGUCCAGAAUAUCGUGUACAUGAUUACUGCUUAUGUUUUUGAGUAUAAAAUCAUUUCUAUACCUUAUGUCAUUGCUGCGGAUGAUUUUGUAACCCGAAUAGAGGAUUACGAAGCGUUUGGCAAAAUACAAGAUAAAAUAAUAUUUGAAAAAUAUGGAUUUGCCGAAAAGAUGGAGUACGCAUCGGAUGUGAUGAGAUCAAUCAGUAGAGUUUCAAAAACCGAUACACCGGAAAUUCUCAAAAAUUCAAUCUACCAGCAUGUUGUAGGAAUUCAUAAAUGAUAUAUAGAGUUGUUGAUUUAUUUUGUAUAUUGAUAAUAAAUAAAAUGAAUAUUCCU